AUGCGCGUCACCGCCGCGCGCGCGUCGCCGUUCACCGCGCAUGCGCGUCAACGGCAGUCGCCGAAAAGCAGCCGCCGGGCGCAAAGCAUUCGCGCGAAUGCCGUCAUUCCGAGUGCGCCUACGACGGCGCCGAACGCGAAAAAGAACGACCGAUACACUCCACUGCCCAACGUACCGGAAGAUCGCGUGUAUUGGGUCGACGACGUCGACGGGCUGAAGCGCGCGACGGAGGUCGUGCUCGCGCUCGCGGCGGCCGGGACGGAUGAAAACGAGACGUCGACGAGCGUGCGAACGCCCCCGUGUUUGGGACUGGACGCGGAGUGGCGACCUGGGGAUAAUACUCCCGUGGCACUGUUGCAAAUCGCGACGCGAGAGGAGGUGUUUUUGAUUGAUUUACUGGCUACAGCGCCGCGGAGCGCGGGCGAGUCGUUAAAUGUGGCGACGGAUGAGCUCUUAAAAGCCGUGCUUUGGAGCGAGGGCGUGUACAAACUUGGGUUUAGUUUUGCGUACGAUGUCAAACGUAUGAAGGCGUCUUACUCUCAUCUGAGUGUUUGGGAAGAGAAGAGUCGAAAUCUUGUCGACGUGAAACAAUUGGCGUAUGCGGCGAUGCCGAAUAAAACGCCUUUGCGUUGUGGAUUGGCUGUGCUGACGCGACAGGUUAUAGGGUGUUUAUUGGAUAAAAAAGAACAGUGCAGUGACUGGGGGAAACGACCGCUCACGGAAAGCCAGAUGGCGUACGCUGCGGCGGAUGGGUACAGCUUGUGUUUGAUUUUUGACAAGUGCCUAACUAUGAUAGAGGACGAGGCGGAGAUCCCGCGCGUACUACGCACGGUCGUCGAGCUAGGUGAACCUCUUCGAGGACUUCCGAGAAAGGUGAAAAAAGUGCGCGCGUUGGCUCAGAAGCAGGCGAAGAAGGCGGCUAAGAGGGGUGGGCAAGGUAAGCCGUGUCAGUUCGCGCGCGAGACCCCAAUCGAAAAAGCCACCGCAGACGUCGUGAAUUCGUUAGAAAGUGUGGGAAAGACGCUUGUGAGCGGUCGAAAAGGCGCCGUCGAUUUGCUCUCUGGCGAUACUCCCAUUCGCACGAAGAACGACGGGCGCAACGUAGACACUUGGGCGAACGCGAUUUCCCUAUUCGUCUCUGUAGGCAAACCGCAGACAAGAGGCCCUACGUCUUUCUGGGAACGCGACGGCGAGCUGUACAUGACAUGGGACGGAAAAGCGGCAGGCGCUCACGAUAGUGACAUUGCUCGCGUUGGGCGAUCGAAGUCCGCAGAACUCACGCCUGAAUCCGCGGGCGAAGCGACGGACAAUGCGUUGCUCUUCGUGCGCCGUCCGCCGGGACAGUUCAUGUUCUGUGGCCGGCUCGAGUGCGUGGGAGCACCGAAAUCGAACGAUUCUGCGGUUUCCGUUCGAUUAGUUGACGGUGAACGCGUGCGUUCGAGCGACACGUACUAUCAGCUCAUCGGUUGUCGACUCGCGGCGGGCGAGCCGUGA